AUGGGGAAUUUCCUAUCGAGUGUAUGGAGUCGGCUUUUGGGCCGCGAGGACGUUCGUAUCUUAAUGGUUGGGCUGGAUAAUGCGGGAAAAACUACAAUUUUAUACCAACUCAAAUUUGGCAAGGUCAUUUCCAGUGUGCCAACAAUAGGCUUCAACGUGGAAACAGUGUCUUAUAAGAAUAUUUCCUUCACAGUUUGGGACAUUGGCGGGCAGGAUAAAAUACGGAAUUUAUGGCGGGUUUAUUUCCAGGGCUCUCAAGGCAUUAUAUUUGUGAUAGACAGUUCAGAUCGCGAGAGAAUUUCUGAAGUAAAAACAGAAUUACUGCGUUUGUUAGGAGAGGAUGAAUUAGAAAAUGUACAUUUAUUGAUAUUUGCGAAUAAACAAGAUGUGGAAAAUGCUAUGAGCACGACUGAAAUUCGGGAAGAGCUUGGUUUAAAUGAAUUAAAGAAACGAUCAUGGUUUGUCCAGGCGACUUGUGCGACUAAAGCCGAAGGUCUAACCGAAGGCUUGGAUUGGUUGGCCAACCAGAUUCAAAACAGACCACGAUUGUCAUAG